AUGGGCGACGCCGGCGAAGGCGGCGCGGACGCCGACGUGGAGAUGGAGACGGACGAAGCUCUCUCCGGCAUGGCGGUGGAGCAGCACGGCGAGUCUGCUCCGACAGCUGAGCUGCCGGCGGCGGACGCCGCCACACUCACGGCGCAGAAGCGGCCGCCGCAGGGUGGGGCAGGCGGGGACGGGCAGCCAGCGGCGAUGCAGACGCCGGGGCUCGAACUGAUCAGCGGCGAGAUCGAUCUUGGCGCGGCUGAGAGCGUCGCCAGUGAGCUCGGCUUCGACUUGCGGCCGCCGCAGCGAGCCAUCAUCGAGAGCAUGGCUCGCGGCAGGGACGGCUUGUACAUCCUGGGCACUGGAGGCGGCAAGUCGCUGUGCUAUGUCCUCCCCGCCCUCGCAGUUUCGCCUGCGGGCGAGGCGGGUGGGCUGACGGUGCUGGUCGUCCCGCUUGAGUCGCUGCGUGUCGACCAGGUGCGCAAGGCAAAUGCGCUCGCCGAGAAGCUGCAAUGGAAGGCGGGCCAGCUAUCGUUUGCUCUCUCCUCUGCUACAGUCGCCGGUCGCAACGACGCGUGUCGGCGAGAGGAGGAGGGCGGGGAUGGGGCGACGCAUCCCGAGCGCCUCGAGUGGGCCCGUGAGCGCGACACACGGUGCGGGGUGUGCGUGGCCUGCCUGCCUCGCCGGUUUGGACCCUGUGGACCGGGCCGCGCUAAGGCUUGUGCGCGCCGCUGCGAUGCGGCUGACAAGCUCCGCGGCUACGGCCUGAGGCAGUGCCGCGGCUGCAUCAACGGCGGCGAUUGCUACUUUCGGAAGGGCGGCGCUGCAGCGACGACGCCAGCCACCGGACCGACGACGCGCACACAGAGCCGCACAGCGGCGACGCCGCAGAGCGAGGCAGAGGGCGCGGCGCGGCGCGUGACGGAAGAGGAGGUGAGAGGGCUGGGAAAGAACUCCCUCGCCGGCCGCAUCCUCGACCCGGCGGGCGUGCGCCUGCUUGUGACGACUCCCGAGCACCUCGAAUCGAAGAGCGUUGCGGCGCAGCGCACGUGGCUCGCCGUUGAGCUGAGCGGGCGCCUGCGUCGCUUUGUCGUCGACGAGGCGCACUGCGCCACUCAGAUGACCUAUCGGCCCAGUUAUCUGAGGCUGGGCCGCAGCAUUCGUGCGGUACAAGAGCGGCACGUCGCGCGUUGGCCUAGCCUCGGAGCGCCACCGGUCAGCGCCUUCACCGCCACCAUCCCGCCCGGUGAGGCGGAGGCAGACCUCAUCGCCUCGCUGCAGCUUUCCAUCGAGCCGACCGACGUGCUCCGCCUGCCCAUCGACCGUCCGAACAUCUCCUACGUGACGCUGCCCCUCGACGUGCGGGCCGCCGACGAGCCGCUGCUAGACAUCGCAUUGCGUGCCGUGCUGACGGUGCGCAACAACGCGCCGGAUUACGCCCGACAGGGCAAGGAGAUGAUGUACGUGUCGCAGGCAAAGCAGGCGCUCAGUCUUGCUCAUGGGUUUUGCAAGGCUGGUCUCCCCGCAGUGCCCUACUGCACGGGGAAGAUGCCUGGCCCACGCGCCGCCGACGGCUCCCAGCCUCCACUCAUGACGCGGCAGCAGAAGGACGCGGCCGAGAAGGUGUGGCUCGAGACUGACGGCGUGCUGCUCAUCGCCACGGAGGCGUACGGCAUGGGGGUUGACCGGGACAUAUCUCUGAUCCACAUGUUUGAGCUACCCGCCAGCCUCUUCAGCGACACGCAGAAGAAAGGUCGCGCCGGCCGCAACUUCGCGAUGCCCGCCCUCGUUGUCACGUACGCUCACUCGCGGCUCGACCUCGACCGCCUCCGCAUGGGCGACGGCGACGAUGACGAGGCCGCCAACGCUGCUGUGGUGGAGGCGGCACGCGGCGCGGCAGAUGCAGCUAUCGGGGAGGUGCUCGCGCUGAGCACCACAUGCUCCUGUCGCCGCAACGGCCUGCUCCUCGCCUUUGGCGGCCGCCGCUCGCCUUGCAGUGUGGCGUGCUGCGACUCGUGCGUGCUCCACGAUGCUGCGCUCUGCCGGUCCGACGAUGCCUGCUCCGCUGCGCGUCAGACAGCCCUCUCAGCCGGCUUCAGCAACAGCGAUGCAGACGCGGCGCAAGCGCUCGCUGGCUCGCUGCUUGUGCAGCUGCUCUGCGACGUCGACGCGACGGUGGCCGCUCGCGCCCUGGUCGCGGCCGUCCAGGCCGACAUUGCCGCUGCGGGCCCGGCGCCGCUACCUCUAGCUGCGCUGCCCAAGCUCUCGACAGUCUUCUACGAGCCGCGCUUCCGCGCUGGAGAGUCGGCUGCGCCCUUCGACACGUUAGGUCCGCACGUGCACCUUGUCCGGAAGCUUCUUGGCGCAAAGGUCCUCGUGCGGCACCUAGAGGUCUUCGAGCACGUUGCCGUCCCGCGUGUCUCAGUCGACGUCGAUGCGGCGCGUGCUCUACGGUGGGGAAACCGCCCGCUCGUUGUGCGGCUUUGCAACGAGCACGCCUUCCUCACCACGCAGGGCGAGAUACUCGAGGCCCUAUCCCUGCAGCGCCGACGGAUCCUCGCUUCCGACGACCCGAACGCCCUGCUCGCUCUCGCACCGGGCGUCCUCCAGGCCGUGUAUGCGCCGACGGCUACUGCGUGCACGAAGACACCGCCAGAGGCGGCCGGCAGCAGCGACUCGGCCGUGUGCGCCGCCGCUUCACCCGCCCAGCACCCUUCCACUCCGGGCAAAGGAACGGGAUCCCGCCUCACCGACGGCAACCCGACGCCACGAAGCGGCGACCGUGCAAAGAUGUCGCGCUACACGGGCGGCGGCUCGCGCUUGGACGGUCCCCUGGCAGGGGCAGCGCAGCCUGCGAGGGAGCCGGCAGUGCAGUAG